AUGGCAGCCGGCGACGAGAAGCGGCACCUCCUGAGCGACAGCACGGCCGGGUCCUACGUGGGGGCCGUGCACAAGGACGGGCACAACGCGGCGCAGGGACAAGCGCCCGCCCUGGAGUUGGGGACACGGCGUGGGCGGCAYUGCCACACGCGAGGGGCCGAUGGCCACCCCGGGCAGCAGCAGCGAGCCCGCAGGAAGCUCUACCUGGCCGCGGGCAUCUGCCUCUUCUUCAUGGUGGGGGAAGCCGUGGGCGGGUACCUGGCGCACAGCCUGGCCAUCCUGACGGACGCUGCCCACCUCCUGACGGACUUUGCCAGCAUCAUGAUCAGCCUCUUUGCGCUCUGGGUGUCCUCGCGUCCCCCCACCAAAACCAUGAACUUCGGGUGGCACCGGGCAGAGAUCCUGGGGGCCCUGCUCUCCGUGCUCUCCAUCUGGGUGGUCACGGGGGUCCUGGUGUACAUGGGGGCCCAGCGCCUGCUCUCGGGGGACUACGACAUCGAGGGCGGGGUCAUGCUCAUCACCUCGGCCUGUGCCGUGGCCGUCAACAUCGUGAUGGGGAUGGCUCUGCACCAGACGGGCCACGGGCACAGCCACGGAGGGGCCGGCGAGCAGCCCAACGCCAGCGUCCGUGCUGCCUUCGUCCACGUGGUGGGGGACCUGCUGCAGAGCGUCGGCGUCCUCAUCGCCUCCUACAUCAUCUUCUUCAAGCCCGAGUACAAGUACGUGGAUCCCAUCUGCACCUUCCUCUUCUCCGCACUGGUGCUGGGGACAACGCUGACCAUCCUCCGCGACGUCCUCCUCGUCCUGAUGGAGGGGACCCCCAAAGGGAUGGAUUUCAACGCGGUGCAGGAGAUGCUGCUGGCGGUGCGGGGCGUGGAGGCCGUGCACAGCCUGCACAUUUGGGCGCUGACGGCGGCCCAGCCGCUGCUCUCGGUGCACAUCGCCAUCAACGCGGCCGCCAGCGCGCAGGAGGUGCUGGAGGAGGCCAGCUCCCGGCUGCAGGGCGCUUUCCGCUUCCACACCACCACCAUCCAGGUGGAGAGCUACUCGGAGGAGAUGCGGGACUGCCGGCAGUGCCAGCCCCCCCGCGACUGA